GUAGCUGUCGUCCACAAACUGCUCCAGUCUGUUGCUUGAUGGGAUGUCUGGUUCAGGACGAUAGGAUGUUGGGCGUUAAUUAUAAGCCAUGCCCAUAUGUGCAAUAGGUGGCUAUAGUGCGGCGGACUGAGGAUCGGUUGGCAUUGUUGCUUGUUGCGGAUGAUCAAGUGGACGUAGUGAUGGGUGAGAGCGUACUUGUGAGCGUGCAUCGUCGAGAGCCCAAACGCGACGGCAUGCGACACAAAAUUUUGUUUUAUUAAAAUGUGGUCUUUAUGACUUUGUGAAAAUUAAAUACUUGUAAACCGACUUUUGAAGUAGCAAAAGGAGCUAUUUCUUCGAUUUUGCUUGAGUUGGUCAACAGUAACAAGACCAAGCCUGGACCUGAUGUGAACUUCUUUCCUCUGAGUCCAAUCAAGUCCUCUGUCCAAGCUGUUGAUGCCUGUCAGUAUCAGGCUUUUGAGAGCAGAUUUACUCUGAUGUUUUACUUAGACAAAGAUCACCAGCUGUACAUGAACUGGUCUUCAUAUGAAAAUGAAAGUGGCAUCUAUGACUAUGAAGUGGGUCUGGCUUCAACAAAGAAUUAUGGAGACACCCCUGACAUCUCUCCUUUUACCAGCACACACCACAACUUUUAUCAGAAUGAUAAUCUGUCACUGCCAGUUGGAACUCCGUUUUAUAUAUUUAUCAAAGUCCAAAAAGCGGGAAAUGUCUCUUAUGCAGAACUGGGUCCUAUAGUUGUAAUUCAAUCUUCAGCCACUUACUCUGGAACAUUGAAUUUAACUAUGGAAUCAGAUUUUCUGGUUGUACGGUGGGAUGUACAGCUAUUUACAGAUCCAGAGAAAAAGUAUCUUAAGUUUUAUGUUGCCUUGGAGGAGCUAACAAGCGGCACGUUAUUGCAUCCAAAGUCUCUUGCACGUGCUUCGGGUAGCUGCAUCCAGUCCACUCCACCAUCAUGUGCUGCCUUCAACAUCUCGGAGCUUCACUGGGGACUUCAUCAACAACAUGCAUAUGUUGCAAAAGUGCAGGUCACAAACAUUGUAGACCUUGACCUCAUGUUGACAUCUGAACCCUACGUGCAUGACAGUAGGGGUAUGUAUUGCUAAUGCAUUUUCAUUUUCUUGUGUUAUGAGUGCAUGUGUGCCAUGUCCCCUUUACACAUUCUCGUGACUAUUGAAGAAGCUUUAACAGAUAAAUAUUCUCUUGGACCGUCCAAAUCUUGUAUAUUUUUUUUCCUAGUCCGAGAACUUUGACAAGACAUUAGUAUUCAGCACUCAUCUAAGUUCAGAAACAUACAGUAUUAAUCGACAAGUGGGGAUUAAGACACACAACAAGCGCCAACAGGGAGGAUGCUACAAACAACACAACACAACACAACACUAUACUAACCUCAGCUGAGGGAAUUCAACAUAAAUCUUCCAAAAAGGAAUUCAAAAAUUAAAAACCUCUUUAUAGGGAAUUUAAAACUUAUCUUUAACACUUCAGAAAUCAAAGCAUCAAGUAAUUUACGAGUACUGCUUUUAGUUCAUAAUAAUUCUCUUUAAAUCAUGAAUCAAAAUUCUUCGAAAACUAAAACAACCAUGCAAAAUAAACACUGUUCUCUUUCAUACUCACUCUUAAAAGGAAGCUUUAUUUAUUGAUUAUGAUAUAUCUUUAGUACUGCAGAAGUUCAGUUUCGGAAAAGAAUGCUUGUCCACUCAGACAAAACGAUUAUACUCACAACAUAUAUGGAAGUGAGUACCCACAGAUUAAGCCAAUGCAGCACAAGAGACCACACAUCCCCGUCAAAAGGUGACUGACCAGCGAGCAUAAGACACGGACGACCUCGUGAGGUCAGACCGCGCAACACACUGACGAGUCGGUUAGUGAUGGGGGUCACCGCUGCAGAUAGUCCUAGACCGCUUCACGCGCACGUGAUUCAGCGGACACCUUGGCAGAAAACAACAUAUUUCCAACAUAGGAACAAUUAAUUACUCCGACCCUUUACUCAAAAGCUUGGACACACGCUAUUGGAGGUCAUGUAGCAUCAACGCGCGUGCGUUGUGUAUCAUCGCAACAAUGAUCAAAUUUAUUUUUAAGCCAAUAACAGCCGAUAAAGGGAUCAUGCUCGUGGACGCCGAAAAGACGCGACCAUCGAUGCAAGGGACUUUAAGCCUUUAAUCCAAUGGCAGACUAAGCUGCAACUGUUAACGCUUUGCAUGCCCGCGGUUUUGAAAUUUCGGUGUUUUCGCGUUUUGGCCAAUGUCGCUGCAGCUACAGAAAAUUCUUCAUGAGCGAUCGCUGUUCGACAUUGUUUUUUGGCAACAGUAAGUACAAAGUAGCAAGUAGUAUUUUUAGCAGUCUUCUAUAAUUUUAGAAAUGGAAUUCAGUCCAAAAUAAGUUGUUGUGCAAGAGGUUGUGGCACGUGAUUGGUAAAUUCAAUAAGAUGGCAUUUAUGCUGCACAUUAAGUGUGGUCUUUAUUUAUUGUCAUUUCAUUGCUACUAGAAUUACAGUUUGGCUGUUUUUAUUAAUGUCGAUUUGAUUUACUGUUGUAUAGGUGAAUACAAAGAAGUUUGCGGACUCUGUGAGAGGCCCAGAGAAAUCUUAUAGGUGGACACCAACUCACAAAAUACCCACACACAGCACAGAAGAAUACAGAUAACUCUUAGACGGUCUUUUUUAUUCUAUAUUUCAAUUUAAUUUAUUUAAUUUGCUAGCUUUAGCAGCAGUACUAGCUGAAUGUGACCUUUUGCCGUCUGUAAGGCAGUGUCUGUGAUAGAAAGAGAGUGUGGAAAAGAAAGCAAGCGAAGUAGAGGGGUAGUGUGAAUGUAUGUGCACAUACAUAGGAUAGGCUUGAUUAUUCUUUCUUUUGUUUUCUUUCUUACAUCAUCAAGUCAUAUUCCGAGUGCAGUGUCACUUUGCUGUAAACAAAUUAUUUAAAACAAAUAAUUUAAAGUGUCCCUAUUUAAAUACUUUAAAAUGUAGAUGCUAUUCUCUUUGCCACAAAUUCGUGUGGGGAACUCAAAGUUGUGCCCACGUCUUGGUAAAAGAGUGUACUUAUACUUACCUGAAGAUGAUCAACUUAAAGUCUUGACAUUUUUAAAAAAGUGUUCUUUAAGUAUCAUGUAACAUUUAAACACUUUUAACAAAUUGUCUUGAAUGUGUCUUGAAUCUCAGGGGCCAGGCACGAGGAAUGGACAGCGGGGUCGUAGCUGAACUGCUGGCUCGGGAUGACUCUCGAGUUCUCUGCCACCGACGCCGACACGUGCGUGUACGCAAUACCCUAGCAGUACACAAUGUAUAGUGUAAUAUUGAAUUAUAGGUGGAGAAUGGCGACCUAUGACCCCGCCUGGGUCGAGACUGUUGAUAAGGGCAGAUAUUUUGCAGAAGCAGUUUCCUAUUUGAAAUUAAUUCAUUGAAUUUGUUUCAACUGUCAUUAAUGCACUACUCGUCCUUUUUUCUUUAUUAGAAGCACUCAAAGAAAAAAAUGACUAACAACCUGAGCUAUGUCUUAUGUUGUUGUAUCUUUUGUUUCUCUGAGAACCACAGGUUUAGAUAGUUUUGGCAUUUAUUUAUCCCAUGGGUUGUUUUAAUUUUUUAGACGUUUACAGCGAUUUAUUUAGUAAGAAAAAUAAUUGAUUAAUUACGAUAGCUUAAGCAUUUCUGAACACAAUUACUUCCCUUUCAAUGGGAGGGAAGUCUGUUUUGACGGAAGUAUCGUCAAUUUCACAGUUCCCGUUCUUUUCCACUGAAAAAAUGCGAGACGAUCCACAGCUCGAGAAGUGUGCGACUUGUUCCUCGGAGAAUCGGACGAGGGAAUUGAGUUGGAGGUGAAAGAAUAUGGCGACGACGAUUAAUCUAAAGACUCCGAGGAAAAUGUAGUGUUAGAGGAAGAUGUAGAGGAUAUGACUAAUGAAAAUCCUUUUGCAGACGAGCGCAUGGCCGCAGCAUGUGUCGAGGAGAGAAGAGGAUAUUGAAAUCAAUGCUCAUCAAGAGGAUGGUGCAGCAGAUUCAACAAAUACGAGGAAAACAACGAAGCUGAGGAUAUUCCCUCAUCUGCAGACGGGGAUUUUCUGAACGAAUGGUGUAAAAACCUGAGUGGUUUUCAUAUGAAACCAAGCUUCGUCGCCACGCCAGGUUUGAGGGACUAUCUAAAUCUUCCCCCUCGGGGGAAUUUUAAGCCCAUCGAUUUUUAAAAAUUUCUUUAUAAAUAAGGAUUAGAUAAAGAAGAUGAAGGUGAAUAUGCACAGCAGGUGAUAGAUAAGGUUAAAAAAUCUAAAGUUACUAUUUCAGCUAGAAACAUGGAAGCCUGUACAAGUCUGUGAGUUGUAUAAUUUUGGGGCUUUUAUUUUACAUACGAGCGUUUUGCAGAAGCCUAGACUUACUGAUUACUGGACAAAAUGUUCAUUUCUUCAAACAACGUUUGCUUCUAAGAUAAUGAAGCGUGAUAGGUUUAUGAGCAGUAUGCUGUGCUUCCCACUUCCGUGUGCUUAUGUAAGUGUAUUUACACAAAUUUUGACUUUCAAACCACCAUGAGGCACGCAAAACAGGAGUGUAAAGGCGGUUCUAUCUUCUCGCCGGAAAGAAAAAAAGCUGUAAGGACGUGCGAAUAUCUUUCCUGUCUGCCAAGAGAAGUGGCGUGUUGCAUAGCAGGUAACGAAUCUAGCCGUUAGCGAAGCUAGCGGUCCCUGUGCAACGCAGAAUAGCCGGAAGACAGAGCUUCAAGAUGGCAGACAUGAGGCGAGGUUUGAGUGCAGUCUUUGUUUUGCAAUUACAACCCGUGUUUCGGAAGAUUCACCCCGACGUGCUGAGAGGUGUUGCAAAGCUGUAGCAAAACUGUCGCAUAUAAAUAUCGAGCUUGCGGCCCACCUGUCCACAGAAGUCAAUCAGGACAAAAGUGAAAACUCCAACGCGCACGUGGUCGAUUUCGUCUAAGUCACCGUUCCACGAUACUCGCACUUUCGAAUGUUCCCGGACGCCUUUGAUGUAAGUUACUGUAAUAAAAUUUAAAUAAAGUAAAAUGUAAUAAACUUAAUAAAAUAUAAAUAAAAAUACCAAAAUCAAUUAUAGCGAAUGUGAACGUCUUUUAUAUAUAUAAAUGCAUUACUAAACUUAUCUAUAAUUCUGCUCACACACACAAGAGAAACAAAAACUGUCAUAGAGAUCUUUGGUGAAAUUUUUCAGGUUCUCCAGGCUUGGAUUGAGCCUCAUCUGCCGCAAGGAAGAGGUUUCGGCAAUAGAACUAAGCUUCUUGCCACCUUGUGGUUGCUGGCAAAUAAAGAGUCCUAUCGCAGCGUGGCAGAUCGUUUUGUAAUGAAUAAGGGUUCACUACACAGAUGCGUAAUGCUGAUCUGCAGGACAAAGCAAAGCAAGGCGGUGUCAUCCAACGGCCAGAAAGGAAUGCCCUUCACAUGCUUGCUGAAAAAUGGGAGCAGAAAGCUGGAAUGCCGGGUGUUGUAGUUGCUCUUGAUGGCACCAUCCUUGGAACUACAGGGCCAAGACGGGAAAGUUAUAUAUGCAGAAAGGGCUUUCCUGCUAUGCAUCUUCAGGUUCAGUUCACGACAGCAGUGCCUUCAGGACCUGCAAUCUGUAUCACCAUUUAGAAUCACCAGAAGGACGACUUCCACAUCAGUAUUUUCACCUCCUUGACAUUCCAUAUGUGAUUACUGCCGCCUGUGUUCUCCACAACACUAUUUUGAUACAAAGCGGUGUUGAUGAAAAUGAUAUAGACAUCAAUGAUGAAGACGGUAGCGAUCAGGCGGGUCAUCUUGAUGGGCUAAAUAUAGGAGCAGGCAAUACAAAGCGCCAUGAGAUUGCUAAUUAACCAGUGAAGAGCACCAAAACCACCCUUCAGAAUAUAUUCACCCAUAUUUGCCAUGCCACGUCUAUACCAUCUUUAAUCAGUAUCUGCAUUUCUCUUCCACCACCAUUUAUUAUUUGCAUUAUAUAAUUUGAAUAUUUCGCAUAAAUAUCUCUUGCAUUUGUGUCAACGUGUGUAUUUUUUUUUUUUUUUUGCCCCGUGCAAAUUGAGGUGUACAUGUCUUUGUGUCACCAUCAUUAAUAAUUUGUCCACCAUAUAUUUGUGCAUAUAUUAUAUGAUGUGUACAUUUAUAUUUAUGAUUUGUGUGACUUUACAGUUGUGAUUAUGUUGUCUGCAGAAGUUGACCCUUCUGACUUUAUGCAUACAUCUACGUAAAUAUAUCUCGUGAGUUUGAUUUACUGUCUUAAAGUAAAGAAAGAACCAGAACUGAUAGACCCCUUUCCUCUAAACACACACACAGUUUACAUCUGUUGCUAUCUAAAGUUUUUUAAAAAUCGUCUGUCCGGGGCAACUAGUCUUGUAGUCUGUUGCCAAGCACGACUACCGACACAUUUUCAAGACGUGGGCUUUGUUGGUGUGGGUCCAUAGCAGCCUACGUUAGUUCAGGUAUCGUGGUCAUUCUCACCAGGCGAAGAUGUUUGUUAAAUGAACACAUUGCUCACACGUGAAUUUCUUCAUGCGUAGAGAGGGUCAGGUGACUACUCGGUAUUAAUUCAGUCUUACAUCAAAAAAGGUGGCGAGCCCUGUUGUAGGGACUAACUAACACCGGAAUGAGACCGGAGUCCUGUAUUUAUUCUGUGUGCGUGUGUGACCUGUAAAGUACAAAAGCAAUCUGAUUUAUGUCUGUCAAGAGUGAACAGCGACACCAGCAUUCAAGUAUUCUGAACCCUAGACUCGACAAUUAAUCCUCUUCCCAACUUUCCUAAA